AUGAAGCACACAAAUCUGCUUUUCUCAGCCAUUAUUUUCAUUCUUCUAUCGCUUUUAAUUGUAUUCUUGGCAAUGUUUCUACUGUUUCAAGAGAUUGGAGAUUUUGAAGAUCUGGCUUAUGGUGAUCUAAAAAUGUUUGAAAAAUAUUCUGAUGAUGCGUGGAAUUUGAUUUCCGAUUCUAUCAGAGAAAAACGGGCUGUCUACAGAAUUAAACUACCACCACGAAAUAAUAAUGGACAACCAAGAUACGUCACUAUUCCUCCAAUGAAUAGUUAUGCUGUUCCAGAAGGUGGAGGAAUGCCAGUGACCUGCCCACCAGGACAUCCCGGACCACGGGGACAUCCCGGACACCCAGGUGAAGAUGGAUCUUCUGGGCAUCCAGGAAGCCCUGGAGGAGUUGGAAUAUCCCUUUCUAUGAAACUCCCAUAUAAUGGUUGUAUUCAAUGUCCAAUGGGACCACAGGGACUACCAGGUAGACCUGGUCCAAUGGGACACUCUGGAGAUAUAGGAGCUCCCGGUUCGGAUGGCAUUCCAGGGCAAAAAGGUCCAACUGGAUGGCCGGGAAUACCUGGUGAUAGCGGUAUGGACGGUGGGAAAGGGCAUGAUGGUGCCGCCGGUCAACCCGGAAGAUCGGGAACACGAUCAUUUGGAUCACCUGGUCCUUCUGGAUCUCCUGGAAGACCUGGGCACGCCGGUCCUCCAGGAGUAGAUGGCGGGUAUCCAAUGUCAGGACUACCAGGUUCUCCAGGACCACAAGGUAAAGCUGGACAAUCGGGCGUUCCUGGUGGAGACGGACAUCCUGGAAUGCCUGGAAGAGUUGGGGGUCCUGGACCAGAUUCAGGUUAUUGUCAAUGUCCGAAACGAGGAAAAAGUGAUGAAUUCGCGAAUUACACUCCGAAGGGUUCAAAGCAGCCAGUGAAGAUAACAGAGGUGGAUGUAACUUCCGCCGAUUGGAGAAGAUCUAGAAAACUUCGAGUGUCUGCUUAA